AUGGACUACGAAUCGGCCGCCCAGUUGAACGACGACGCUGUCGCUCAACUGCUUGCUCAAUUCAACAAUGCUGCACCGACUACUGAACCUCAAGCUCCUCCCCAGGAAGAGGACUCCUUAUCCGAAUAUGCAUUGGCCCAACAGGCUUUGGCUUCACACGCUCUUGUCGGAAGUGCCUCAGCAGAGAAUAGUCGGGUCGAAGAUCCGGUCGAGAACGACUUACCCCAAGACGUGACCGAGAGCGCCUCAGUAAUGGAAAUCACCGAGACCGAUGACACCGUGCGACCAACUACUGGCCGAGCAGCUACAGCUGAAACAAUUGACCACGUACCUCGGACCUCGCAGUUGCCUCAGAUCGAAGUCCCUGCUCUCAGCGACAGCAACGAAUACGAGUUUCUUCCUGGACACUUUGAAGUUCGCUGCGUGAUCAGUGAAACAGACUCUGUAAAUGAGAUCUACAAAGUCAAGCUACGGAGCAGAGAGGUCGAGACGGUCUCGUCUACUCAACUCGAAUCCCUCAGCAACGGACAAGAAGCCUUGAUUCAUUUCCAACUUGGUGGACCGCGCAGUUUAACCCCAUCCACGGAAGACGACUCCUCAUCUGACCUGCAACCUCGGAGAAGGGUCCGCCGCUUAACUCGACCUAAGUACACCGAAUUUCUAUCUACCGAAGACGAUUCCUCUUCUGACGCGAAGCCUCGAGGAAGGGGCCGCCGCUCGACUCGGCUUAAACAGACCACAUUUACAGGCUACUUUGAGGACGGCAGUGACAGGAUGAGUCGCUCCCGUGAUUCGAGCGAUGAUAUUAUCGCAUCUUCGAGGAGAACCGGCAAGCAGCGUCGAUUGGGAAGAGGCCGCCGUGCUAUAGAUUUGGAAGGCUCGGAUGUCGACAGUGAUUUUGUCUCUGCCAAGGGAACUCGGUUUUCAACCCGAUCGCGCAAGAGCGCGCGGGCGAAUCUUCGUGAUCGAUUCGAAGAUGACAUUUCCGAGCAUGAAGGAAGCUCGAGAAAACAGAAAUUCUUCGGUGCCAGGGAAGCCUUCUAUGCGAUUCCAUCGGAUGACCCUUUCCGGCUCAAACAUCGGGACUCAUGCGACGCUUGCCGUGAGACUGAAGAUGACCAAGCCAAAGGCCCUCUCGUAUUUUGCCAAGGAUGCACCAGUGCCUACCACCAAUCUUGUCUCGGUCCCAGGGCAACACGGGAGCAUCUAGUCACCAAGGUGUCGGAGACUCUCUUUCUCCUGCAAUGUCGCCGCUGUCUGGGCGUGGCUCGUUCAAAAGAUUCUAUCAAUCCUCACCUUGGCUGCUGUACCUCGUGCGAUGGUAAGGGGAAAAUGGCCGAGCCAUUGAGGGAGCGCUUAUCGCCCAAGCAGGAGCAGCAGCUUCGCCAGCAGAAUGAUGGGACAGAUCCAGUUACUCCUGUGGAUGAAGCCCGCGUGAACAACGUUGAUAACGUACUCUUUCGCUGCAUAUCUUGCCAGCGGGCAUUUCACUUCGAACACCUUCUGUCGUCGUCCGACGAAAUGUGUCAGGACUGUGUUUCGGUCCCGGGGGAGAUCGGUGCCAUGGUCGCUUGGAGGCCAAAGGAUCCAAAGAGUCUCUUACCAGGUUACACGGCAAGUGUCCUGGAGGAAUCGGAUAAGGAUUACCUGAUCAAAUGGAAAAGUCAGCCCUAUAGUCAGUCCACCUGGAUGGAUGGGACCUGGGUCUGGGGCGUCGCGAGUCACACUAUGCGUCGUGCAUUCCUUAAAUCCGACAAAAAUUUGACCCCUCACAUGACAGUCGAGGAGGCCAUUCCCGAGGAUUAUAUGCGUAUUGACAUCGUUUUUGAAGUGCAAUUCUCCACCAAUAGCCCACGUGAUCGGACUGAAGAUGCGGACAUGGCCCGAGUGGAUCAGGUAUCGAAGGUCUACGUGAAAUACAAAGGCCUACCUUAUGAGGAAACAGUCUGGGAUUCACCUCCGGAUAGAAGUCAAACCGAGCGAUGGAAUGAUUUUACAGCCGCUUACAAUGAUUGGGUGCGCCGUGACUACAUCCAUACCCCCGACAUGCAAUCUCUUAAGAAACACCUUGUCCACGUUCGAAAGCAAGACUUCAAAACUAGCGUCGUGAGAGAAACCCAACCGGAAAUCAUGACCGGAGGAGAGAUAAUGGAUUACCAGAAAGACGGAAUGAAUUGGUUGUAUUACAUGUGGUUUAAACAGCAGAAUGCCAUUCUUGCCGAUGAAAUGGGUCUCGGCAAAACCAUCCAGGUCAUUGCCUUAUUUGCCACGCUCAUACAGGAUCAUAAAUGCUGGCCCUUCUUGGUUGUCGUGCCUAAUUCUACUUGUCCCAACUGGCGGAAGGAGCUCAAGCAAUGGGUGCCCUCUAUUGGAGCAGUGACUUACUACGGAUCCGCAUAUUCGCGACAGCUUGCUCAGACUCAUGAAAUGUUCGGUAGCACUGGCAAGCGUGACCUCCGGUGCCAUGUCGUUAUAACGUCGUAUGAGACUAUGACCGAUGAUGCAUCUCGAAGAAUCCUCUCUAGAAUCCCCUGGGGUGGCUUGAUUGUAGACGAGGGUCAGCGAUUGAAGAACGACAAGAGUCAACUUUACGACGCUUUAUCGCGGAUCUCCUUUCCUUUCAAGAUCCUGCUGACUGGCACUCCUCUUCAAAACAACAUUCGAGAAUUGUUCAACCUCCUGCAAUUCCUCGAUCCCACCCAAAAUGCCGAAAAGCUGGAAGAAGAAUUUGGCGUUCUUUCGAAGGAGAACAUUCCUCAGCUACAUGAUAUGAUCCGACCAUUCUUCCUCCGGAGAACGAAAGCGCAGGUGCUCACCUUUCUUCCGCCAGUCGCCCAAAUUAUUGUCCCAGUCUCAAUGACGGUGGUUCAGAAGAAGUUGUACAAAUCCAUUCUUGCCAAGGAUCCAAAGUUGAUCAAAACGAUCUUUCAACGAGAGGAUGCAGGCGACCAGUCGCUCAAACAAACAGAGCGUCACAACCUGAACAACAUUCUCAUGCAGCUGCGGAAAUGCUUGUGUCACCCUUUCAUUUACAGCAAGGCGAUUGAAGAGCGCAGUGCUAAUGCGCAGGCGGCUCACCGACACCUGGUGGAUGCAGCCGGAAAGCUUCAGCUGUUGGAAUUGAUGUUACCCAAGCUUCAAAAGCGUGGCCAUAGAGUUCUGAUUUUCAGUCAGUUUCUCGACAAUCUGGACCUCGUGGAAGAUUUCCUAGACGGACUUGGGCUCUUGCAUCGUCGCCUCGAUGGUCGAAUGUCGUCCCUUGAGAAGCAAAAGGUUAUUGAUGAGUACAAUGCCGAGGGUUCGCCCUACUUUGCUUUCCUUUUGUCGACCAGAUCGGGAGGCGUGGGAAUCAACCUGGCCACGGCUGACACUGUAAUUAUUAUGGAUCCCGAUUUCAACCCUCACCAAGACAUGCAGGCACUGUCUCGUGCGCAUCGUAUUGGACAGAAGAACAAGGUGCUUGUCUUUCAGUUAAUGACUCGAGGAAGUGCCGAGGAGAAGAUCAUGCAGAUUGGCAAGAGCAAAAUGGUUCUGGAUCAUGUUCUCAUCGACCGGAUGGAUGCCGAGAACGACGAUGGCCGCGAUUUAGAGUCCAUUCUUCGGCACGGAGCCCAGGCACUGUUCGAAGAUGACAACUCGCGCGAUAUUCACUAUGAUUCGGAUUCGGUGGAUAAACUUCUUGAUCGCAGCCAAGCGGAGCAAGAGCGCCCUCGAUCGCCUAAUGAAGAAGGCAAGGCCGCCGAGUCACAUUUCAGUUUUGCUCGAGUUUGGGCAAAUGAAUCCAACGAACUCAGCGACCAGUUACAGAACAUUGACGAACCCCUGCCCAACGCAACUAUCUGGGAGAAAAUCCUUCAAGAGCGGGAACAAGCAGCCGCCGAAGAAGCUCGACGUAAAACCGAAACUCUUGGCCGUGGCAAGAGAAAACGAACCACCGUCGAUUACGGUAACGAAGUGAACGAGCCGACCGAACCUUCUCCCGUCAAGGUGCGGCGCGUUCGCGAUGCUGACAGCGACAAAGAAUUUGUUGCCGGAGACGACGCUGUAGAAUCGGAACCUGAUUCCGCCCCCGAGGUAGACUCGGACAGCUUGGACCGGAAGGUCAAGGUUUCUACAGUGAAACCCUUCAAACGCGUGUCUCCCACAGCCGUUGCACCCCCCGCAGUGCUACCAGCCCUGGAUGGCCAUAUGGACAACCGCCUUUUGUGCCUAGCCUGCAACCAAAUCCACCCGGUUGGUCACUGCCGUUUGAAAUUGGCCGGAGUCGAACACUGCGGGCUUUGUGGGCUGGCUCAUUUCGGAUAUGCGCGCACCUGUCCUCACAUUCGAUCCGAAAUUCAAGUGGGCCGGAUGCUGAAGGCUUUGAAACAGAGCACCGAAGACCCCGAGCUUGUCCGCAUGGCUAAGAAAUACUUGACUGGGGUGCGUGGUAAUCUGGUGCACGAGCAGAAGAAAAAGCUCGCCGCUUUGCAUGGUCUCAGCCAUCCUGGCACGCCUCGCACGCCCGGGACUCCGAACACUUCAGGUACCACCACUGCCAGCCCGGGCCCGGAUCCACGCGUAAUGGCGGCACAAGGACUACAACCCAUGGGGCAACCCCAGCAGCCUCCUCUUGGGGGAAAUCAGGGCAAUCGCCAAUUCUAG